AAAAAAGAGGAAAGGAUAGAAAAGAGAGAGAGAAACUGGAGUUGGAGAUUUCGCAACUGCGCAGGGGAAAAUUUUUUUACCAAGCAGGGAGGGGGUGUCUCUGCUCAAGGCGAGAGUGGCAUAAAAGCAGAGUUCUGGACUCUCCAACACAAGAUUCUCUAAUAUGACUGUGCUUGCUUCAGUCCGCUUCAAGGUUUGGGGUUUGAGGUAGCUGUGGAGGCGCACGGAAUUGCUAUGUAUGCCAGAACUCUGCCACUGCUUCUGUGGCUUCAUGGUAUCCUGGGACAGACUAUCCCGCACAGAGGCCCUCAUCCCUCCACCCCCGAUGUAGAAGGGGACCUCCUCUUCUUGUUGGACAGCUCUGGCAGCGUCUCCUACUACGAAUUCUCCAGGGUCAAGGAGUUCAUUGCUGACCUCCUCCGGCCCUUCACCUUUGGCCCCCAUGACGUCCAGACCAGCAUCAUCCACAUCAGCACCAAUCCAACCAUGGAGUUCCCGUUUGACCGCUACCUGUCCAGUGGGGCAGUCCAGCACGCCAUUCGCGGCACUCAACAGGUGAUGGGGGACACCAACACAGGCAAAGCCCUUACCUUCGCCAAGGAGAAGCUCUUCACGGGAGAAGCCGGGGCCCGGGCGGACGUGCCCAAAGUGCUUGUGUGGGUCACUGAUGGAUUCUCCACAGAUGACGUCUCUCGGCCCAUGCAGCUUCUGAAGGACUUGGGGGUCACGGUUUUCAUCGUCAGCACUGGCCAUGGGAACUACUUGGAGCUUUCGGCUGCUGCUAGCCAGCCGCCGGAGAAACACCUUCAUUUCGUGGAUGUGGAUGACCUGUCCAUCAUUAUCAAGGAGCUGAGAGACUCCAUCACAGAUGUCAUCCAGGCAAAACGUUUGCGUGCCACGGAAAUCUCUUCCAGCAGCUUCCGGCUCAUGUGGCCCAAACUCCUCACACGUGACACCGGCUACUACAUUUUGGAGUACGCCCCGACUGGAGAGCCCAGGCGGAAAGUGACCAAACAGCUGACUGGUGACCACACCACCAUCCUGGUGGGCAGUCUUGCACCCCAAACUACUUACGAGGUCGCGCUUAUCCCGGAGUCCAAUGAGAGGUAUAUCCCACCUCAAACGACUAGAGUCACCACUUUGGAAGAGAUCGUCAGCCCGGUGCGGAUUCUCAUCUCGGAAUCCAAACCCCACAGUGUCCGGGUCAGCUGGUCCCCCACCCCUGAAAGCGUGGCCUCCUAUCAAAUCUUGUAUGGACCUCUGCCUUCAAACUCGGUCAAGUUGGUGGUGGUGGAAGGGAGUCAGAAUAACACCAUCUUGGAGAACCUCGCAGCCAACACCACUUAUUUGGUGACCGUCACCGCUAUUUAUAAGUCGGGGAAAGAGAGAGCUCUUUCGGCCAAAGCCUGCACUCAGGAAGAAAACUCCAAAGUAAAGCACCUCCGCUUUGAAGACGUGGGCCCCAGCACCCUGAAGGCCUCCUGGGACCCUGCAGGUGGUGACGUUCUUGGCUAUCGGGUUCGGUGCCGGCGGCAGGCAGGUCCAUCGAACCUCCUCAGCGUCUCACCGCAGAUCCACAGUGUGCUGCUGUCCAAUCUGACAGCAGGCAGCACCAACAAAGUGUGCGUCAAGCCGGUAUAUAAGAACAUUCCUGGAAAAGGCUUAUGCCGGAUGGUACGCAUGCAGCCGGCCUCACCAGUGAGAGGUUAUCAACAUCGACUGAGCGCUUGAGCACCCAUGGAUCGAGAAAUGCCUCUGCAGAGCGGAGGGAAAGUUCAUGGGAUGAGAAGGAAGAUGUGGGGAAUUCGUACCAGGAGGGGAUUCAAUUCCCCUGACCUGCUGCAUCCCCCUGAAGCACUCUGGCUCCCUCUAGUGGCUAUCCAUUCCCGAGACUUUGCUUGGCGUCGAGAAAAAUGGCUCUGUCUGAAGAAUGGAUUCCAUCUGCCCUGAUCAGCUGCCGUUGGCUACCGAUUUCUUCCUUGCAGCAAAAGACUGGGGAUUUUUGUUACCUUACCUGCACUCUAUUUAUUUGUGUCAGUGGUUUUUUGUUUUGUUUUGUUUUUGCUGAGAAAAGAAGCACAAAGAGCCUACAAGUUCAACCCCUACCCCACUCCAAUAGUGAGGCCCUUUUCAAGCUUUGACCCCAAUGUAAUUGCUACAAGACAGUGUUUCUACUGUUGUAUAACCCCUAACUGGGUCACGUUGUGGUUUGAUGGGAGGGGAGAUUCUCACAGGCGCAAGGCAGAGAAAUCUGAGUCCUUGGGGACUGGGCCGACCACAAAUGGCAGGAUCAAAAUAGCAGUUUGUUGUGUCUUAAAAAACCCAGAGGGAAAUGGAAAUCGAGGGCCUGGUCCCUGCUCAUUUCUUGUAAGCCAGAAGCCCUUCUCUCUCCCCCACCCCAAUUUGUCUCAACUUUUCCAUGUACUUUUGACCCUAAGUUGUAACAAUUCCUUUGUCCUUCUGUUGUAAUGCAUCCUUUGGAAGAUAGUGAAUUAAACGGGAGAACAAAUGA